GGUACGGUUGGUUUUCGUGUUUCGUUGUCGUGGUCGUUUUGUCAACCGCCAUCGUCGAGCAGCGGAGCGGAGCGCCCGCGGAGUUCUUGUGGUUAGCUUCCUUCUGUGUGCUGGACGCUGCUGUGUGACCUGCUGCGAGGGUCCUGAGGGUUGAUGAGCAGAAGAUAACGUAGCUAAAUCGAGGUUGAUGCAGCAAUCCUUCGUCUUCGUCGCCAUCGUGCGUUGAGCGAUCAAAUUUAUGGCGGAAGCUAUCGUUGCGGUGACCUCCUCCUGUACCUUCACCUACCACGGCUCCUAGUGCGUGUGCGUGCACGCGGAACGUGCGUCGUUUCGUCGCGGCUUGUCUCGCGGCCUUACCGCCACCGUCUGUUGUGUGAAAAAUCUCGAGGCAAAACUCGACUCAACCCUCCCACUUCCGGUGACCUAUUCGGUGUUAGUGUGGGUUCGUGCGCGCGCGCGCGCGUGUGUGUGUUGGAUUGUUGAAUUGUAGGAUGAUCUGAUGGUGAUACCAGUCGGCGUACGUUAGCCGCCCGGUUGGUAUAAAUUGUCUCGGGGAGAGGAACCACCAACCAAGAAGAAGGUGUAAGAAGAGAAAAGGUGGACCAAAGGUCACCAGCAUCAUAAGACGACGGGCGAAUCGAGCAAACCGAGCCGCGAGGAAGCAGAGGAAGAGGGCAGAAAAAAGGGCAUCGUACGAUGUCAGACUCCAGCAGUAAACUUCAGCCCAACCACUACCCAUGGUACCUGCAAUCAAGCAAAGUGACAAACAUCCCGCUAAGUGAGUUCGGUUCUUGUGCAUAAACAGUGAGUGAAACGGUCGGUCGCCGUUCAAUCGGACGCACCAGUAGCAAUGGAUCCACCGAACAACCAUAUAACCAAGGCGGCCACCAGGCUUCUUGUUUCAACUUGUUUCCGAUUGUGCUAGAUCGCCACCUCCCCCACCUAUUCCUCUUUUGUCUCUAUCUACGCCUCUGUCCUGCGCCCUGUGACAAGAAGUUUCGGAAGAAGGAACCAACUUUGCUUCUUUGCCCUGCUUUGUCCUGCUUUUCGUCUCGCUUCUUACAUUAAUCUGUCGCCUACGAGGUGCGCUCGGUUCUCGCAAGUGCAAUCCGGUGGAAUUCUUGGUCGGCCUUUUGUUUUUUUUUUGUCUCAAAUCGGAUGAAAUUGGCGGAGACACACUCCAGGGGAGGGAAAGCUCUUGACAAAGUGUAGUGCGCUCACUGCAACAUCCCUGAGCACCGGCAACACAGCAGUACCCCCCGGGGACGCCUUUAGGGCCGCAGGACCAAUGUUUUGGAGAAGUUCCAGCACCGGGUGCAGUAGCAGUGGACGAAGCAGGAGCAGAGGACACAGCGCCGUGGACCGGUGCGGAUUGGCGCAGCUGACAAAAUGGUGCACACUCUUCAUCAUUUUGGAGUCUACGAGCGGUGGAAGUGGGCUCAUCACAUCUCAGAGCACGGCAACAGCACCGAUAGACAGUGGCAGCAGCAGCAGCAGCAGCGGCAGCUCUUCCGCUACGAUCAUCCGUCAUCUGACGGUCCCGGCAACAGUGCAACCGGAGCAAGCAGCACCUGAAGCACCCCGGUACGCAGCGUUAAUACAGGACGCAGCCCAGUUUACCGGUGCAACCGGUUCGCGGGGAAAAACGCUGCCACUGUUGGGUUCAGGAGCGCUCAAGGAAACGCUUGCUCCCGGCAUCCAGCUGGCCGAAGAUGGCAGCUUACUGCCCGCAGAGGUUGCCCGAGGGGACGCGAAGCGGUACGCUGGCAGUAAAGCUGGCCCCACUACCCUAAGGGGAACCACUAGCAGUAGCAUUAGUAGUAGUAAGGCUAGCAGUAGUAACAUUAACGGUGGCACCGGUGCCACUGCAGUCGAGGCUAACGACAGCCCUCGAGCGGGAAAGAGUGUUUCUGAGCAUUCCGAGCUCGCUACUACCAACAUCAUCACCAUCACCAGCACCACCACCACCACCACCACCACGAGCAGCAGCAGCACUGGCACGAUGACACGUGACACAAGACACCCCAUCCACCUCGAUGGUGCUACGGUGGAGGGUAGUAGUUUUAGUAAAAUCAGUAGCGCCAACCUGAUACUCGCGGAGGUUGGGCUGGGUUCACCGAAGGUCGGUGCUGGCCAGAAGCUACCGACCGGAUUCUCCGGCAGCAGCAGCAGCAGUAGUGGUAAGAUCGGGUUAAAGGCCACAGCCCGUGGUGCAGCGUCACCGAUGGAGCUGGAGGUGCCCCCCGGUGGUAGCAUCAACAAGCUCGAUGGCUUCGAUGGCGGUCCCGGUGCGGAUGGUAACUUUAGCAAGAUGUACUUCGAGACCGACAACCACACGGUGAUUGCGUCGCAGGUGGGCUCCAUCGCUGUGCUGCCCUGUGCGGUGCGCAACAUUGGCGAGGGUGUGGUAUCCUGGAUCCGGCGGAAAGAUUACCAUCUGCUGACGAUCGGCGUGACGACCUACAGCAGUGACGAGCGGUUCAACAUUAUACACUCGGAGGAGAAGGAGGAGUGGCCGCUACAGAUCAAGUACGUGCAGCUGCGAGAUGCGGGCCUGUACGAGUGUCAGGUUUCCACCCAUCCACCGACCUCGAUCUUCGUGAAGCUGGACGUCGUCGAGGCAAAGGCGGAAAUUUUCGGACCCUCGGAGAAGUAUCUGAAGCCCGGUUCGAUGUUGCGGCUGACGUGCCGCGUCGUGCAGAGCAACGAACCACCGCUCUACAUAUUCUGGUAUCACAACAAUCGCAUGAUCAACUACGAUGCCCACCGGGGCGUGAACGUGUCGACAGAGGCGGACAACCGGUACUCGGAACUGUUUAUCGCGCACACGAACACGCUCAACUCCGGAAAUUACUCCUGUGUUUCGAACAAUGCUGUCGCUGCAUCAACGCUGGUGCACAUCCUGAACGGUGAAAACCCGGCCGCGAUGCAACACGGAGACCAUGGCAAUGCGGUACUGGUGGUGUCCCACAUUCAUUUGCCACUGACAAUUGUAACAUAUCAGGUCAUCAAUUUCGUCUUAAAUAUGCAUUGAACCUCGCACACACGGAACGGAACACACGGGGGUUAAUGGAAUGCGCCACCCGGUUUGUCCGAGGGUCCGAGGGUCAAGCGAUGAGCGAUGUAAAAAUCAAAAUCCACACAUCCACCGCUGGUGUGGACGGCGAGUGGGCAGAUGAUCAAAAGUAAAACAUGACAUCGAUACUACGGAUCAUGCCCUAGCAAUCGCCCUACCACGGGAAUCACUCGGAACGGAUGACCUUGUUUCACACACUGUAGGUCUCACGGUGAUGGGGGGAGGUGGUCGGUGGUCGGUGGUCGGUGUUUGCAUGGCAUCAUUGUAUACUGCGACAAGCAUACACGAACGAUAGGACAGCGUGUUUCGAAACAUUCAUUCCGAAUUCCUUGAAAAAACAAAAACCACGUCAAAGACUCUCGUUGCAUUGACGUUUCUGCUUCACAAUUCUGCAGCGGAAGCGUCGAUGUGUGUCCAGGCAUUCGGUACAGUGGGUGGCAAUGUAAACCGUUAAUUGAACGAAAGACACACACACAUACAGAAAUACUCGGGACAAUGAAGUAUUCCUGGAACGAAAUGAAGAUAAGAGCAGAGAGAGAUAGAGGGAGAAAUAUGAUCCUCUUGAGAAGAAAAUCGCGGAAGGACGCUGUGAAGAUAUUUGCUGUAAAUAUAGGUAACUAAAAUGGCGUAAAUCAAAUUGAAUGUAGCGUUUGAUGUACUUUGUAUGGUAUUUGUAAGUGACAGUAACAGAAACCAAGAGAAUCUUGAUGCUAAGAAGUUAGGCACAGAGAAAAUAAUGCCACAAAUCCCGUUCUACGGUUUCGGGAAAACGAUAGACAUAUGCAUCGUAGAUGCUCUCCCUUGAAGGAUUCAAAGAAAACACACGCACACACACACAAACACAGACUCACAUACACGUACAGGAGUGCUGGGUAACAGAAAAAGGGAGGAAUUGAUUGAAAAUCUCCGUUCCAUCAGCAAAGCUUCGGGCUUGUUAGUAAGCUUUUCGGUUUCAAUCUAUUUCAUUUUCCCAUUACCAACCAAGCAUUGUAAUCAACAGCACCCGUUGGUUACGAGUGGCCAUGAAUUUCAUUUCCAAUGGUAUGAUAGAGCAGCUGAGGCAGGAAGCCAUCGCCGUGCAUGCAACACUCGGCAAGGGACGACGAUAAUGAGGACAGCACAUAAUGAUAAGCAUCGUAGAUAUAUCGAAUCUACUCCCGCAUUCUUUCUCUUCCACGUAUUCCAUUUCUUCCUCAUUCGUUCUUUUGCAGAUUUAACCUGUAUGUGUGCGUGUGUGUGCAUUUUGUGUGCUAGUUUGGUUUGUCCCCCCCUUUUUUACACUCCCCAACCCCUCCUAUCCCCUUCUUGACACUAACUCUCUCGAAGACAGACUUCCCAUUCACCCAUUUGGGCGUGAGUGUUAUUUGUGAACAAAGAAAACAAAGAAGGGAGGGUGGCCAGAAAGGAAGGAGCGAACGGCCGAGGGAGAAGAAGAAGAAGAAGAAAAAACACGUAAAAAUCCGAUGGAAAAUAAAUAAAAACUGUUUGUAGGUGUAGAGCCUGUACCCGGGUACCGCAGUACAGGCAAACCAAUACUACAAGAAGUCGUACUAAGCCGAUUCCUUUGCCGAUUCCCCAAAACAGUCGCCGAAGUGUAUGAUACGGAGAAAUCGCGUCCUCUUCCUCGCAGUGCAAAGGGGGCAAAAAUAGAAACCGAAUCACCAAACGGAAAUCGAACCUGUAAAUAGGCAAAAACAGAGAGAGAGAGAAAGAGAGAGAAAGAGAACGAGAGAGCGAGCGAGCGAGAACGAGAGAGAAUCCAAUAGAACCAUGCAGCCAGCCAGGGUUAGUGCAGGUUGCGGAAUCGAUCGAUCAUUUCUUCACACAGGGGAUGGAAAGGGAAGAGGAGGGGAGGUGUGGAACGGGCCAACCCUUUGCUCCACUACCACCCAUGUGUACCACCAUGUGUACCACCAACACGCCUGCUCCAUCUGGUGGUGGCGUUGAAAGCGUCGAAAUAAAGGAAAUAACGCAUGAUAGUGAAUCACCAGGACAGGCGGCUGUAAGCUUUUCCGUUUCCCUCUCUCGCCCUCCCCUUACUAACGCAUCAAAGGAUCGUUCCGGAAGAGGGUUCUGCGGCAAAAAGCGGAGUGUGUGACGGACGGCAAAAUGGUGGGAAAAUUCCAAUCGGCCGACUACACUCCCAGCCCGGCAGGUGAAAAUGUGGCUACGUUUGAGGUAAAAACGGUUGAAUAAAAGGUAAAUAUA